CAGUAAGUCGCUCGGAGAAUCUUAGAGUGUGCUUGUGUUUGCAGAGAGGAUAUCCUGACCAGCAUAGCAGAAGCAAUGUUUGCGUAUCAGGAAUCAUUUCCUGAAGAGAAGGGUUACUAACAAGUGUAAAAUAAGCCAUCUCAUUUGGAGUAGAGGAGGUUUGCAGAUCACCAGGGAUACCUGGAUAGUCUUCUGUUUUAUCAGCAGACAUUCUCCUUAUUUGCAAUGGCUCAGAUGUUUGCUGAAUCAGAACAUGAAGAUCAUCUCUCUGGAGAUGGCUUUGAUGAAUACCACAACUGGACAGAGUUUUUGAACUACCUGAACAGGUCAUUUUCUUUCUGUGACAUUGACUUGGAUGAGGGUGUAAAGCAGAUCUUCCUAUUCAUACUGUAUCUCAUUAUAUUUGUUUUGGGUUUGGCUGGAAACCUUUUAGUGCUAUGGGUCAACUGGCAAUCACGAAGAAGCAAGAGUUCCAUAAAUAUCUACAUCUUCAACAUGGCUGUGGCAGAUCUUGGGGUAGUUAUUACCUUGCCAUUUUGGAUGCUAGAAACAAUGUUGGAGUACACAUGGCUUUGGGGCAGUUUUCUGUGUCGAUUUACACACUAUUUUUAUUUUGUCAAUAUGUUCAGCAGCAUAUUUUUCCUCACAGCUUUAAGUGUUGACCGUUACUUCACAUUAUGUUCUUCUUCUGUUUUUUGGAGGCAGAACCAGAUUCGGAUUCGCAAGGGUCUUUGUAUCGGAAUAUGGGUCCUGGCUGCCAUAUUUCCCAUACCAGAGGUUGCUCAUAUUCAGCUAUUGACAGGUUCUGAACCUGUGUGCAUGUUCAUGGCACCAUUUGAGACAUUUGAUGAAUGGGCUCUGGCGGUUAGUCUCUUGACUACCAUUCUGGGAUUCGUCAUUCCUUUUAUAAUUAUACUUACCUUCAGCCUGUUGACUGCCCACCACAUCAAGACAUCUGGAAGACCUGAGAACAGAAAGCACUGUCGACUCAUCUAUGCUUACAUAUUGACGUUUGUUCUCAGUUGGUUUCCAUAUCACUUGACCCUGAUAUUACUAACCCUACAUGGAAGUCACAUCAACCUGCACUGUUAUUUUGUUCACAUUCUCUACUUUUUGUAUGACUUGAUUGACUGUCUAUCACUGCUGCACUGUGUAGCUAACCCAAUACUUUAUAACUUAUUGAGUAAGGACUUCAGAGGCAAAUUCAUCAAUGCAGUUGUUAAGUAUAUACCCAAGGAGAAAAUGGCUGGUGGAGAAGUAAAAGAACACUCCACUUCCAGCACAGACCAUUCCGUUGUAAUCUCAAAGGAAAGUGCUCCAAAUGCAAACCAAUCUUCUGUAAACAUUGAAGGAACAAAAAUGUAGUAUAGACAUAUAGCCAUUGUUAUUUGCAUAUUCAUGCAUGUUGAAAUAUAAAAAAAACAAUGCCCUUACAAUUCAUCCGAAUUUCCUAAAACAUAAUGCAUUAUGUGAAUUUUCGUUAGUUUGUUUCUGCAAUAUCUGCCUCUUACAUUACUGUGAACAAAGCCAAGACGAGGUCAUUGGCAAAAUCGAUAAACAUUUUUUUUUUUUUUGGUUCUUAUUGCCUACCUCCAUUGAAAACAAAAUAAAAGCAUUACGGAUAUGACAUUAGAAGAAUACUAUAGAUUCAUCUCAUAUAGAAGAGCACUUAAUACUUAUAUGAAGACAUCUAUUCUAUAUGAAAACACAUUCAUAGAAUUUAUAAGCAUCAUACAUUCUACAGUGGCCAUAUAUUGAAUUACCCACAAUGCUUUUGUUAUAGCACCUACCUAUUAUCUAUGAACACCAAGGUGCAUGCAUUUAUAUGUUUCAAGUGUUGCAUGCCUAUUGUUCUGCAAUUUGCUUGCUUUUCAAUACCACAGUGGUGGUCAGUAUAUUCAUUUGAAUGCAUUGUUCACCACUCUGGUAGUUAUAUAUAAAUAUAAGUUUAAAAAUAAAUGUAAAAAUUAUGUAUUUUUACUGCACUAGAAAUAAUAACCACAUUUGUAAAUAAUCGGCAUCACUGUUUCGAGCUUAUAUAUAAAUGUUUACAGUUAUAGUUUUCUUUAAACUGUGAAAAUCUAUAGGGUGUGUAAAUUUUAUGACUCGGAGUACACAUAUUCACUUAAAAUAUAUUUAAUUAAGAGAGGGAAGAAAGUUAGAAAAUUUCAGGCGGACUUCGCAUGAUACAGAAUGAGUCACGUAGAUGGUUUAAAGUUGGCUAUAUGGCUCUAUCCAUUUCCCCAAACUAUCACAGGUAUGGAGGAACAGUCUUCAGAUCUUUUAAGCUAUAUAUUUGCUUGUUAACUCACAAG